AUGAGCUUGGAGAAGUAUAUUCGUAAAGUUUCAAAAAUAAGUUCAACGUCUCAAAAUCAAUCCCGACGAGAUGAAGAUGUUGAUCAAAUAGAAAUGCCAUCUCAUUCUUCUCAGAGACAAAAAUAUAAUGUAAAUGAUCUGAAGGAUGACCCUGCUGAAAGACCUCCGAUUUUGAGUUAUCCUCCAGACAUUCGAGAAAGCAUUCAUCAAGGUGGUGGUAAUACAUUUUCGAUGAAGGGAUUUAUAAAUUGCCACAGAAAAGAUAGCUUUGCAACACACAUUGGUCCUCCGAAUAACAUUCAUAAUCAAUCAAAAAGGAAGUGUGAAGAUCUUAUGAGGGAAGAACAAUCUAUUGAGGCUGCAUUACAAGUUCGACGAGAAAAAUGUGAUGACAUUAAACCUUAUGUGUUAGAAAAAGCUCCAAAAAAUAAUAAAAUGAUUUCUCAUGAUAUUCAAAAAGAUAUUGUGACUGCGUGUAAGAUUGAAACAAUCAAAGUUAUAAUAAAGGAUUUAGAUGGUGACUACUUUGCUUUGUUGGUUGAUGAAUCAAGAGAUAUAUCACGCAAAGAGCAAAUGGCUUUUUGUUUACGAUAUGUUGAUAAAAGGGAAUUUGUGAUGGAAGCAUUUAUUGGACUUGUUCAUGUUAAAAAUACUAGUGCUUUAUCUCUAAAGAAAGCAAUUGUGGAUGAAUCACAAAUGAUCUUAAUGUGUCAUUACAAAAAAAAGGAACAGGAUAUUGCUAAUGCCAUGAUUCUUGUAAAAGUUUCUAAGAGAAGAUUGCAAGCAUUACGAGAUAAUGAAUGGGAUCCUAUUUUAAAAAAGAAUCUACAAGAACUUAAUGACCGUUUUAAUGAGGUGAAAAGUGAUUUGCUUAAUGGUGCAGCUUGCUUGAAUCCAAUUGAUACAUUUUCUAGUUUUGACCUCCAAAAGAUAUUGGUGAUGGCUAAAUUAUAUCCUGAUGACUUUGAUAAGUUCAACAUGAGGGUUCUUGAGAAUCAACUUGUUAAUUAUAUUAUUGAUGUUCGUGAUAUUGAUAAAAGAUUCUCCAAUUUAGGCGGACUUGGGGAACUUUCAAGAAAGUUGGUUGAGACAAAAAAGCAUUUAACCUAUCCUCUUGUAUUUCUUUUAGUGAAGUUUGCUUUGCUUCUACCCGUUGCCACAACAUCAGUUGAAAGAGCUUUUUUCACAAUGAAGUAUAUCAAGAAUGAUUUGCGGAAUCGAAUGGAUGAUGAAUUCUUAGAUGGUUGCAUAGUGCCUUAUGUAGAAAAAAAAGGUAUUUAA